AUGUCUUUAUCAAAUUAAAUUUUUAGCUUAUUAAGGACACUAGAAACAUACAAAUAAAUUAAGCAGUAUAUAAUAAGAUUAAGAGAUCAAGAUGAGUAAAACUAUAAAUCAUUUUAGGAAUGUCUAUUAACCAAUAUGUGAUGCGAUAAUUUAAGGUCUGAACGUUAAAGAUCAUGUUUAAAAUUUAAUGGCUGCUAGAUUAGGUAAAGAUUCAGUAGAACAACAAAAUAUGGAUUUUAACAUUAUUUUUUAAGAAGUUUGUUUGCCCGAAUAUGAAAAAAUAGCUGAGUUCAAAAAGGACGAUCUUAGUGAUGACAGAGGGAGAUAUUAUUUCUCAGAAACUCCAAAUAAAGAAUAAUCCAGUUAUGGAAUUAGUUUAUUGAGAAUUAUUUUAGAGAGUAUAGAAGUAUGGGCGAAAACAUAUAUUUUUAAAAGUGAUUAAAUUACACAAACACUUUUUUUUGAGACAUAUUGUAAACUUUGUGUGAAAAAAAUAAAAUUUCCACAUGAAUAUAAAUAUUAUAAGAUAGAUGAAAUCUAAAAAAAUAUCUCCUCUUAAUUCUAAAUACUCUUUUAAAAUUUAAUUAAGAAUCAAAAUGAAAAUAAAUCAAAUCGAAAGUAAUAAACUUCACAAAUAAUUUAGUAAGAUUAACAAUAAAAGUAAAUUAAAGUUAAAAAACCAAUCUUAAUUCGUAAAUCUAGCAGUAUUUCUACUCCUAUAGAUCAAAAAGAGGCAGAAAUAAUUUCAAAAGCUCAGGAAUUGAAAAAUACAUUUAACUAAUUGAAAAAUUAAUUAUCAAAAAAAGCUUUAAGAAAAGAAUUUAAAUCAACCUAAUAAUAUAUUAAAGAUUUAACAGAGGUCAAUUAAAGCUUAGAAUAACUAAUGAAAGAUUUAGAUAAUAAAUUUGACGAAUUCUUAAGGUAAUGUGAUGAAGAUAUUAUUUUGGAACUUAUGGAGAUUAGUGAUUACUUAAAGGUUCUCUGUUAAUUAUUUGAAAAAUUACAAAAGAAUGAAUUAACUCUAUAAAACUAUAGAAAUAAAGUUGAGAAAUAUACAAAAUAAGUUCCAGAAUAAUAGAAAGAUAAAUUAAAUUAUGAAUAAUAAAUGGAAGAUUUUUAAAUAUAAUAUAAUGAAAUAGAGCAAAAAGAAAAAGAAAAAUAAAUUAUACAAUAGGAACAUGAAAAAAAAGUAUCAAAUUUAGAACAAUAAAUUACAGAAUCAAAUUAGUAGAGAAAUCUAUUAGAGGGCUAAUUAAAGUAAUUGUAAAUUAACUAUAGAGAGUUGAAAAAUAAUUCAAUUUAAUAAUAAGAUCUCGAAAGAAUGAAUAAUAAUUUAAUUGAAUAAAUAAGAUAAUUGAAUUUAUAACUGUAGAGAUAGAGUGAAGAAAAUAGCCUUAAAAUAGAAAAUAAGCGAUAUAAAAUAUCUAAAUUAAAAGAGGACAAACAAAAGAUAUAAUAGGAAAUAGAAAAUUUAUAAAGCUAAUAUAAUAGUGAUAUAACCUAAUUAAUAAAUUAAAAUAGAGAAUUAACAGAAAAUUAUAAUCGAACGAUUAAUUAAUUUCAGGAUUAGAAUCAAUUAAAUAGGGAAAUUUCUGAACUUAAAUAACAAUUAAAGACUGAGAGGAAAAAAUCUGGUUUAUUAAUGGAUGAGAAUAAGCAGAUAAAUUAAACGAUAUUAAGUCUUCAAUAAUAAUUAAGUACUAGAGAUUAAACAUAAUAGACCAAUUAAUAUGUUGGUCAACAUAAUUAAGAUUUAUAAUAAUGUUAAGCUGAAUUAAUAAACUAUAAAUAAUAAUUACGAUAGUUGGAGGCAUUGAAAAAAAAAGAAGAAAAUUAGUAUAAAGAGAAAAUAAAUAAUCUUGAAUAACAAUUAUAAAUAUAAUUAAAGGAGAGUCAAAAACAUUAAAUUUAAUCUAUUUCUCUUAAUCAAUAAAAUAUAGAAUUACAUAGAGAAUUAUAAAAAUAAAAAAAGCAAUCAGGAUAGGAAUAGAUAAUAUAAUUUGAAAAUCAAAUACCUAAAAGUAAUAAUAAUCUUGAUUAGGCUACUUAAAGAAAUAAUUCAAAUAAAAGAGAAUAAACUUAAACUAGUAUACCAUAUUUUGAUUAUUAGCACUUUUAAAAUAAACAAAUAGAUUUUGUUGAAAAUGUCCAAAAUUUAUUUACAAAAACUCAAUAAUAAAAGAUACCUGUGAAAAGUGAAAUAAUUAUAUUUCCUUAUAAAACUGCAGAAUCGUAUUAUAAAAAGAAAGUUCAACCUCAUAAAGGAAUUGUUGUUAAAUUUCAUAAUUUUUUAUAAAAUUAACUUAUAAAUCAAAAUAAUUUGACAUUGUAUAAAAUUUACCAUUUGAAUAGAAUCAAUCAUACAAUUUUUGUUGAUAAUUAAGAUCUAAAAAUUGGAGUUAUCAAAUAAGUUCAAUAGAAUAGUUUCAAUUAUUAUAUAAAUUAUGGUUUAUAUUUAGAAACUGGCUUUUAAUGUUUGAAGUUAAAAGCAUGUAUUAAAAAUUUAAUGAAUUUUAAAACUAUUUGGACAUCUUUUCCAGAGAUAUAGUAAAAUAUAUAUUAUAAAUAAUAAAUGAUUUUGGAAGUAAGUAUUAAAGUAAGAGAAACAGAAAUGAAUGAAGUGCCAAUAUUGGAAAUAAAUUAUAAGUAAGUUAUGAUAUUAAUGAAAUAGUAAUAAGAUUGAAUAAAUUUUAUUGCCAAUUCAAAUUUUAUGUUUGAUAUAAUAUCAUUAAAUAAAUUAAAAUAGAUAUCAAACUAGAUGGAAGACUUCAAAAAUAUAUAGGUCUGAAGUAUUUGAAUACAAUCAAUUAGUUUUAACUGAUCAUAAAGAUAUUNAUAAUUAAGAUUUAUAAUAAUGUUAAGCUGAAUUAAUAAACUAUAAAUAAUAAUUACGAUAGUUGGAGGCAUUGAAAAAAAAAGAAGAAAAUUAGUAUAAAGAGAAAAUAAAUAAUCUUGAAUAACAAUUAUAAAUAUAAUUAAAGGAGAGUCAAAAACAUUAAAUUUAAUCUAUUUCUCUUAAUCAAUAAAAUAUAGAAUUACAUAGAGAAUUAUAAAAAUAAAAAAAGCAAUCAGGAUAGGAAUAGAUAAUAUAAUUUGAAAAUCAAAUACCUAAAAGUAAUAAUAAUCUUGAUUAGGCUACUUAAAGAAAUAAUUCAAAUAAAAGAGAAUAAACUUAAACUAGUAUACCAUAUUUUGAUUAUUAGCACUUUUAAAAUAAACAAAUAGAUUUUGUUGAAAAUGUCCAAAAUUUAUUUACAAAAACUCAAUAAUAAAAGAUACCUGUGAAAAGUGAAAUAAUUAUAUUUCCUUAUAAAACUGCAGAAUCGUAUUAUAAAAAGAAAGUUCAACCUCAUAAAGGAAUUGUUGUUAAAUUUCAUAAUUUUUUAUAAAAUUAACUUAUAAAUCAAAAUAAUUUGACAUUGUAUAAAAUUUACCAUUUGAAUAGAAUCAAUCAUACAAUUUUUGUUGAUAAUUAAGAUCUAAAAAUUGGAGUUAUCAAAUAAGUUCAAUAGAAUAGUUUCAAUUAUUAUAUAAAUUAUGGUUUAUAUUUAGAAACUGGCUUUUAAUGUUUGAAGUUAAAAGCAUGUAUUAAAAAUUUAAUGAAUUUUAAAACUAUUUGGACAUCUUUUCCAGAGAUAUAGUAAAAUAUAUAUUAUAAAUAAUAAAUGAUUUUGGAAGUAAGUAUUAAAGUAAGAGAAACAGAAAUGAAUGAAGUGCCAAUAUUGGAAAUAAAUUAUAAGUAAGUUAUGAUAUUAAUGAAAUAGUAAUAAGAUUGAAUAAAUUUUAUUGCCAAUUCAAAUUUUAUGUUUGAUAUAAUAUCAUUAAAUAAAUUAAAAUAGAUAUCAAACUAGAUGGAAGACUUCAAAAAUAUAUAGGUCUGAAGUAUUUGAAUACAAUCAAUUAGUUUUAACUGAUCAUAAAGAUAUUACUAAAUUAAAUUAAUGUUUUAUUAUAAAAAAUCGAGAUAAAAUUAAUAGUUAUAAUUAAGGUUUGGAUGAAAUAAAAUAUAUUGCAUAGUUUGGAUUAAAAUAGUAUAAUGUAGAAGGUAUUAUAAAAUUUGAGUUGAUGCCUGAUUAUAAAAUGAUAAUUUAUGUAGGAAUUGAAAAUAGUAUGAAUAAUAAUUAAUUGAUUUAGAGAUUAAUAAAUGCAUAUUAAAAUAUUUUUAUAUAAGUUUGA